CAUUCCGCNGAUGAUGGACAUUACGUCGUAUCUGUUUGCAGAGAACUUCACGAUACGUCGCCUAAUUUCAUCAUAGUGUACGAUUUACAAAGUGGAACGUUGUUCAAAAAAUGGAAACCGGAGAGCAAUAGUUGCAGUAUCGCUAUUUCGUCCCAAGGAGGAUGUAUAGUUAACGGCUUAGAAAACACCUGGCUUCUAAUUUGGGAUUUAGUUACGGGCGCACGAAGAUUUACUUUAAGGGGCCAUACUGCACCAGUAGAUCAGAUACGAAUGAGCGAAACGGGGUCCAGGUGUCUCACAUACGAUUCACUGGGAAGAGAUCGAAGUCUACGAUUAUGGGACGUGACCAAGGGUGAGUGUUUAGCAGUAUUCACUCCAGAUCAAUCGCUGAUAUGUUGUGAACUUUCUAUGGACGGGAAAGCUAUUGUGUUAGGAUUAGAUGGAAAGCGAGAUAUAGUUACAUUAGUGGUUUGUCAUAAUACUACCGCUGAUGAACAAAUUUCUACAGGUCAUUACGGGAAACCAGAACAUAAAGGAAAAGUUUUCUGUGUUAGUCAGCACGGUUAAAAAUCCGAGAAAAACCAACAAACGAAAUAAACUGUGAUAAUCAGCACAAGAUGCUUUUGUAAAAAAAAAACUGACGGAAAUAAGAAAAUGAAGUUCGCUGUUGUUUUUUGUUCAUCAGUAAUAAUUUGUAUAUCAAAUUCCGUUAGAAUCAGUGUAUACAAACUGCCAAAAAUUUUCGUAUCGGAACAUUUCGAGGAAGUUAAAAAAACGAGGUUGUUCGAAGAAAAAUUAUUGUAUUUUAUUAACGGAACUGUUCCUUAUCGUGCUAUGCAGGUAGUACUUCAUUUAUUGUAAAUAAUGUUUAUCCAGUUUAUUGUAAAUAUUCUUUUCUUAUCAAAUGGCAUUUUUGAUUUAGUUUUACUCCAUAAACUUACAUUUAAAAACCAAUCUAAUAUCUUAAAAAAAAAUUAAUCUUUUGUAAUGACACAAUGUUGUGAGAAAAUGCGAUUUUUGUUUUUACUUUUAGAUGUUCACAUUAAAAAAGCAGUAUCUCAUUGUGUAAUUAUUUGCGCAUUUUUUACGCUUCUAAGUGACGUAUCUAGUUUAUCUCUCUAAAGACUUCCUACAGUUGUCGUUUUUAUGUAUAUACUAUUUGUAUGUUUGAUGGAAACAUGAAUUGUGCCAAAUAAGCACAAGUUCUUUGACAUUAGAGUUGUCGUGUUCAAAGUUU